AAAUUAUAUAAGUAGCAAAACUGAGUGAUAACCCAUUAAUAUUAGCUUCACUUAUUUUGGAGUAUGUAGAUAACAGCAGGCGUGCACCGACCAAGUUCCGGAGAAAUUUGGAUAGCUUCGCUACCAAAUUGCACAGUUUUUCAAACUUUCUGCGCGUUUUGUUUUCUAUCAAGAAGUCGUGCCUAGUUUAUGCUUGACCACUUUCUUCGGACCGAUAAUUUCAAAUGUCCAUUAGAUCACUACCAUCAAAUGAUAUAUUAAAAAUCACUUCAAGUCAAGUUAUAAUUGAUUUAAAGUCGAUUAUAAAAGAAUUAGUUGAGAAUUCCAUUGAUGCUAAAAGUUCAAAAAUUGAAAUAACAUUUGUUAAUUAUGGUAUUGAUUCCAUAUCAAUUCAAGAUAAUGGUGUUGGUAUACAACAACAAGAUUUCCCAACCCUUUGUCUAAGAAAUAGUACUUCUAAAUUAGUAAAUUUUGAUGAUUUAAAUUCAUUAAGUACCCUUGGAUUCCGUGGUGAAGCUUUAAAUUCAAUUUGUUCACUAUGUAAACAAUUAACAAUUGUUACCUCCACUGAAGCCGAUUAUCCCAAAAAUUUCAGUUUGAAAUACAAUGAAGCUGGGGAGCUAAGAGAUAAUAAGAGCAAGAUCGGUGGAAUAAGCAAUAAGUCUGGAACUUUAGUAACAAUUGAACAAUUGUUUUCCAACUUACCAGUUAGAUUGAAGAAUUUUAUCAAGAAUUCCAAAAGAGAAUUUCAUAAGGCUAUCAAUUUUUUAAUAAAUUACCUACUUAUUUACACUGGAAUUAAAUUUUCAGUUUACCAUAUUAAUAAUUCUAAAAAGCAAUUAAUUUUAUCUUCGAGAGGUGGUGAAAAAACUACAAUAAUUGAUAAUUUGAUUUCAAUGUUUGGAAAUAAUAAUAAUAAGAAUUUACUCGAAAUUAAUUUACCUAUAAAUGAAUAUUUAAAAUUAAGUGGACAUAUUUCAUCUUAUUCAUUUGGGUUAGGCAGAUCAACACAAGAUCGACAAUUCUUGUACAUAAAUAGACGACCAAUUAUUAUGAAGAAUUUAUCAAAAUUAAUUAAUGAAGUUUAUAAAUCAUUUAACAAUGUUCAAUAUCCAAUUUUUGUUAUUAAUUUGGAAAUCCAACUGGACAAAUUUGAUAUUAAUUUGACUCCUGAUAAGUCAAUGAUUUUAUUACAUAAAGAAUCGGAAAUUUUACAACUAAUUCGGGAAAAAUUGAUCGAGUUUUAUAAUACUCAGGAUAAGGUAAUAAUUCCAAGGAGUAAUAAUGACAGUUUCAUAGAACAAUCAACAUUUGAAGUUAAUACUGACGAACAAAAGAGCCCAGAUGAAUUCACCUUAAUAAAUAAGGUGAAUACCAAACAAAAAGAAAUGCAAGAGGAUUAUAGAAGCGAAACCCAUCAUCAAGAAAAUAAAAGUGAAACCGAAAUAGAAGUAAAACAUCAAAGAGCUGAACUCGCAAAUGAGAACGAAGAAGAGGAGGAAGAGGAAGAGGAAGAGGAAGAGGAGGAGGAAGAAGAAGAGGAGGAGGAGGAGGAGGAGGAGGAGGAAGAAGAAGAAGAGAACCAACGGGAGGAUUGUGAAGAAGAAAUAAAUUUAACAAAUGUAUCCCAGGAGGAUAAAGAUAAUCUGGAAUUACAAGACACUCUUUUCGAUAAAGUUCAUCAUAAGGUCGAUCAUAUAGUAUCCGAAGAUUUCAAAACAGUUUCAAAAUCGAAAAAUGAGAAUUUAUUUCUUAGCCUGGAUCCAGACUCGUUGUUUAGCUUAGCAGAUUCAUUUCCUAAAAGUUCCGAUCCCCAACUGGUUCUCUUACAAGAACCGCAAGAAAUCUCACCAAAUCAAGAUCUUCAUGGGAAGAACUUUUUCCCAAUCGAUGAAAAUUCCAACGAUUUAUUAGAAAUUAAGAUAGGAGAUAAGAAAUUCGAGGAAAGAGCCUCUAAAAGAUCGAGAAACAGCUCAUCUCAUCUCCAUAAAUUAAAGUCAUAUUAUUCUUCUCAAGAAUUCUUGGCAAAUUUAAAGAUUAAAAGAUUUCAAAGUAAUACGAAUUUGAAAUAUGACCAAAAUAUCAAAUUUAAUAAUCUAGAUGAUAAAGAAAAAUUAUUUCAUAUUAAAAAAUCUGAUUUUUCUGAAAUGAGUUUAAUAGGACAAUUCAAUCUUGGAUUUAUUUUAGUUAAUCAUCAAGAUUCAAAUAUUUUCAUCAUUGACCAACAUGCUUCCGAUGAAAAAUAUAAUUUUGAAAAACUAGUACGAGAAUUUCAGAUUAAAACUCAACCAUUGAUAGUCCCUCAACAAUUAGAAUUGAAUAUAGUCGACGAAAUGUUGAUAAUUGAACAUGAAUCGAUAUUUAUUAAUAAUGGGUUCAGAUUGAAAAUUAAUCACGAUUCUCUCCCAGGAACAAGGAUUUCAAUGUUAUCAUUACCGACCUAUAAAGGAACAAUAUUUUCACUUGACGACUUUUAUGAAUUAAUUAAUUUGAUAAAUGAGCAACCUGGAAAUACUGCAGUUAAAUGCAGUAAAAUUAGAAAAUUAUUAGCAAUGAAAGCUUGCAGGACAAGUAUAAUGAUUGGCUCAUCUUUAACAUCUAAAAAAAUGACAGAAAUUGUUGAAAACUUAAGCACUUUAGAUAAACCGUGGAAUUGUCCUCAUGGUAGACCUACAAUGAGACAUUUAAUUGAAUUGUCAGAAUGGCAAAAUAAUUAUCAUGACUAUGAGUUGUAGUGGCUGAUGCUGUUCCUUUCGCUAGAAUCAUAAUUAUUCAAAUAGAACAGUGUCAGGAAGCAUGAUGCACGCCUUUUAACAAUCAGGCUUAGUGAUUCCUUUGCAACUAUAAAAGCUCCCCGUAAAAAAAAUAAUGCGCCAAAAAACAUUAUAGAGUAUAUAAUUAAAAAAUAAUACCCUUUCAGCCACCAUCCCCUCAUUGUAUUCCUGGCCUGAAUUUUUAUUUAUUUUUCCAUUUUAUUUUUGCUCGUGCUUAUCAUGAGGGUCGCCUCAGAGGACUGAGAUUCUUCAAAGCACCUUUUCGAUGUUUUCACGCAAUUCCUAUUUAAUGUCACAUUGACGUGAUCACAUUGUUUCCGCAUGAGAUGUUUUUGCUGCAAGAGAAUUAAUCUAGAAAAGGCUAAUACGGAUUGAAAUACUAAACCUUAAAGUUUAGUGGGGUAAAGAACAUCAGAUUUAUUUUAUUAUUAAUGGUCAUCACUUGAAUUUGAAAUUUUUAUUAAUAGAUCUCCAAAACAAAAACUAUAAAAUAUAUUAUAUAAAAAGAAAAUUAAAGAAGAAACCUAAUAUCGUUCUAGAACAGUUAAAUAAGAGAAAAUAUUUAGUAUACGAGAAAUAUAUUCCCCGUUCUUUUUAAAUAAUUCUAUAAAUCAUUUCAAUAUCAAAUCAAAGAUAGAACUCUCUGAAAUAUAUAUAUUGGCCAAACUAUUGCCAACUUUUCCCAA